CUUUCCCUUGGACAUGUUACCGAACUUACCGCUGAAAGCUGGCAAGCCCUUGUCCGUCAGCAAUCCGACAUGUUUGGAGAGCUUAUUAUAAAAAGGAAGGGGCAUAAUCGCCAGGCAAUAACUUCCAACUCUCCACCCAGAGCAAAAGCUUGACCGUGGAGGCUAACUGAGCACGAGCUCGGCAUACUGACAGCUAAACCGAUCUCUUUGUUUCACUUCUGCUGUGGAAGUAUGUUCAAAUUUGGAUUUAGUAAAGGUGUUUCCAUUUCAAGAACUUCACUUGCUGAGAUCUUCACCAAGGGAUUUUCUACCCAGCAUGGAAGGAAAUUAGAGGGGAAGGUAGCACUGAUCACUGGAGCAGCAAGUGGUAUUGGGAAGGCAACCGCAACCAAAUUCGUUAACAAUGGUGCCAAAGUUGUUAUUGCUGAUAUGCAACGCCAACUUGGCCAAGACACUGCAAAAGAACUCGGAUCCAACGCUGCAUUCAUUGCCUGUGAUGUAACUAAAGAAUCUGAUAUAUCCAAUGCUGUAGAUUUUGCCAUUUCUAAAUUCAACCAACUGGACAUAAUGUACAACAAUGCAGGGGUAGCCUGCAACUCUCCUUCAAGUAUUGUGGACCUUGACCUUGCUCUGUUUGAUAGAGUCAUGAGCAUCAAUGUGCGAGGAGUAAUGGCUGGGAUCAAACAUGCCUCGCGUGUGAUGAUCCCCCGAAGAACUGGCUCCAUUCUUUGUACUGCCAGUGUCACAGGAGUCAUUGGUGGUCUUUCACAACACACAUAUGCUGUGUCCAAGGCCACUGUUAUAGGCAUUGUUAAGACUGUUGCAUCUGAGCUACGCAAGUAUGGGAUCAGAGUCAACUGCAUAUCACCUUUCGCUAUUCCAACUCCACUUGUCAUGGAAGAAAUGAGUCGACUUUAUCCAGGUGUUGAUGCUCAACGGCUUGUGGAAAUAGUACACAACACUGGUACAUUAGAGGGGGAAAAUUGUGAGGCUAUUGAUAUAGCUAAUGCUGCACUAUAUCUUGCAUCUGAGGAUGCCAAGUAUGUUAAUGGGCAUAAUUUGGUGGUAGAUGGAGGUUUUACAUCAUUUAAGAGUUUGGAAUUCCCUGCACCAGAUCAGGUGGUGUGCUAACCUUGUUUAAUAAAGAUUUUUAGAAGCAUUAAUCAUGUAUGGAAUUUUACUUUUCCUGUAUUUCAUUGCCUUUCUCAGUA